AUACUGAGAUAAGCAUCCAAAAAGUUGAGCAAAGUUUUAACUAAAAACGAUCAUGGAGUAUUUGGUCAUCUUCAUGUUGGCUGCACUUUAUGUCAAUAUACCAGGAGUUUGGUGCCAGGGUGUGACAACAUCGACCAAUUGCCCUGGAACGAGCCAGAGUCCUGGUCGGAUCACCUCACCUAAUUACCCUUCCAACUAUCUAAACGGACAAAGCUGCUAUUGGUUACUAACAGCUAACGCAGGAGCUGUCCAUCUUUCGUUUGAGCACUUUUAUACUGAGCAAUGCUGUGACAAAGUCAGGGUGUAUGACGGCGGUUCAAGCUCAUCUAGUCAAAUUGAUGAAUACAGCGGCACCUCAAUUCCAAGCAACCUAACAAGCUCGUCCAAUCAGAUGUACAUUACAUUUACUUCUGACGGUUCCGUAGUCUAUACAGGGUUUGUCAUAAAAUAUACUCGUAGCGUCG